AAAAGGAAGCGAGGCGUGUCCCCCUGCCCAUGCAGCAGCCACGGCCCCGGAUCCACCACGGUGCCAGUGCUGCCGCCCUCGCCGGAGCUAACGAAACCUGCAUGGAUGGGCAUGGGCUUGAGAGCAGCACCUUCCUUCGCUGCCGCCGCCGCCAGGGCUGAGCAGCACCGCCGCCUCCAGCCCUGCCCACCGCCUCUGACUCUACUGCUGCUGCUGCUACUCAGCCUCGGGCUGCUACACGCAGGUGAUUGCCAACAGCUGGCCCAAUGUCGAAUCCAGAAAUGCACCACAGACUUCGUUUCCCUGACUUCGCACCUGAACUCUGCCAUUGAAGGCUUUGACUCAGAGUUUUGCAAAGCUCUGCGUGCCUAUGCAGGCUGCACCCAGAGAACUUCAAAAGCCUGCCGUGGCAACCUGGUAUACCAUUCUGCUGUGUUGGGUAUCAGUGACCUCAUGAGCCAGAGGAACUGUUCCAAGGAUGGACCCACAUCCUCCACCAACCCCGAAGUGACCCAUGACCCUUGUAACUAUCAAAGUCAUGCAGGAGCCAGAGAACAUAGGCGAGGGAACCAAAACCCUCCCAAUUACCUUUUUUGUGGCUUGUUUGGAGAUCCUCACCUUAGAACUUUCAAGGAUCACUUUCAAACAUGCAAAGUGGAAGGGGCUUGGCCACUCAUAGAUAAUAAUUAUCUUUCUGUUCAAGUGACGAAUGUGCCCGUGGUCCCUGGAUCCAGUGCUACUGCUACAAAUAAGAUCACGAUCAUCUUCAAAGCCCAGCAUGAGUGCACAGAUCAGAAAGUGUACCAAGCUGUGACAGAUGACCUGCCGGCUGCCUUUGUGGAUGGUACCACCAGUGGUGGAGAUGGUGAUGCCAAGAGCCUGCUUAUUGUGGAGAGGGAGAGUGGCCACUAUGUGGAGAUGCAUGCCCGCUACAUUGGGACCACGGUGUUUGUGCGGCAGCUAGGUCGCUACCUGACCCUUGCCAUCCGGAUGCCCGAAGACCUGGCCAUGACCUAUGAGGAAAGCCAGGACCUGCAGUUGUGUGUGAAUGGCUGCCCCCUGAGUGAACGCAUUGAUGAUGGGCAGGGCCAGGUGUCUGGCAUCCUGGGGCACACCCUGCCUCGCACCACCUUGCCGCAGACCUGGCCUGGCUAUACACUGGAGACAGCUAACACUCGAUGUCAUGAGAAGAUGCCAGUGAAGGACAUCUAUUUCCAGUCCUGUGUCUUCGACCUGCUCACCACUGGUGAUGCCAACUUCACCGCCGCAGCCCACAGUGCCUUGGAGGAUGUGGCGGCACUGCAUCCGAGGAAGGAACGCUGGCACAUCUUCCCAAACAGUGGCAACAGGGCUCCCCCAGGAGGCAGCGACUUUUCUGUCAGUUUCGGACUCACAUGCUUAUUCCUCAUUGUGUUUUUUUAG